CCAGCAGAAGCUCCGGAACUCUCACCCCCUGGCCUGCCUCUGCCCCGUCUGUGCCCACGGAACAGCCAUGAGAAGGCAGCUCCGGUCCAGAAGGGCUCCGGCCUCUCCUUAUGCUUAUCGCUACAGACUUGAUGAUCAGGAUGAAGUGAACCAGAACUACUUAGCAGAUGAAGAGGAAGAAGCUGAAGAAGAGGCUCGGGUGAUGGUGGUACCCAAUUUGGAGGAGGAGGAGGAAGAAGAGGAGGAGGAGGAAGAGGAGGAGAUAGAAGAGAAGGAAAAGGAGGAGGAAAAGGGUCAAGGUCAGCCAGCAGGCAAUGCUUGGUGGCAGAGAUGGCAGAUCGUGAGCGAAUACCUGUGGGAUCCGGAGAAAAGGAUGUCUCUGGCCCGAACAGGUCAGAGUUGGAGCCUGAUCUUAGUCAUUUACUUCUUCUUCUAUGCCUCCCUGGCCGCUGUCAUCACCCUCUGCAUGUACACGCUAUUUCUGACCAUCAGUCCCUACAUGCCGACCUUCACUGAGAGGGUGAAGCCUCCUGGAGUUAUGAUUAGACCCUUCGCCCAUAGCCUUAACUUCAACUUCAACGUUUCUGAACCUGACACUUGGCAGCAUUAUGUCAUUAGCCUAAAUGGCUUUCUCCAGGGUUACAAUGACAGUCUUCAAGAGGAGAUGAAUGUAGAUUGUCCCCCGGGGCAGUACUUCAUCCAAGAUGGCGAUGAGGAUGAAGACAAGAAGGCCUGCCAAUUUAAGCGCUCCUUCCUGAAGAACUGCUCGGGCUUGGAGGACCCUACUUUUGGCUACUCUACUGGACAGCCGUGCAUCCUUCUAAAGAUGAACCGGAUUGUAGGCUUUCGUCCUGAGCUUGGGGAUCCUGUGAAGGUGUCCUGCAAAGUUCAGAGAGGCGAUGAAAAUGACAUCCGAUCCAUCAAUUACUACCCAGAGUCGGCUUCUUUUGACCUUCGCUACUACCCUUACUAUGGCAAACUGACUCACGUUAACUACACCUCCCCGCUGGUGGCAAUGCACUUUACAGAUGUGGUGAAGAACCAAGCGGUGCCCGUCCAGUGCCAGCUGAAGGGCAAGGGCAUCAUAAAUGAUGUCAUCAAUGAUCGUUUUGUGGGUAGGGUGAUCUUUACUCUGAACAUAGAAACCUAAGAACUUUGCGGGGCGCUCCCACUAGUUCUGUUUCUGUUUUACUUCAUGUACCCCCUGGUAGUACCUGAAUUCCUUUUCUUCGCUCAGGACACAGCCAGAUGGACACCUAAGACAGCAGAUCAUCUUUCCUUGCCUUUGACAUAUGUAUGAAAUGACAUUGUGGGAUUGAUUUUUUAAAGGUAGUCUCUCCUGAUGACAAAUAGAUGAUGUUAAUUUCCUUUCCCCCUACUUAAAACUAAAACCCAUUCUUGCUGCUAGAAGUCUCACCAUAGUGUAAACAUAGUAUCUGAUAAAAUUCACAAGAGUCAUGAAGGAGAAUAUCUAUGAUGAUUUUAAAUUCAUCGUGUUUUGUAAAAUUUUGUUGUUUUUAGAGGUGAGAUUCCUCCCAACCAGGCUGAUAACCUUUAAAAAAAAAAAAAAAUUUUUUUUUUCUUAACCUGCCUGACAAGUUCCUUCCCUGGGAAUCACCAAUCAGACCAACUCAGAAUACACCUAGGGCUACCAUACCUAGAGAACUCUAUAUCCAAGGGUGCUUGAGGAACUGGCUGCCUCAAAAGGGCAACUAAAUAAUACUGAUUUGAAGACUAGGUUAUCUUCAGCUGGGACAGAAAGCAGUGCUAACUGGAUAUCGUUCUGGAAUAGAAAUGAACACCUUUCCUAUGACUUUUUUGGGGAGGUGGGGUCCAUAGCAACUGGGGAGAAUACUUACCAUGUGGAUGUGAUUGGCAUUUGAUUCCUUGCUCUGUGGUGUGAUCAUCCAAAGGCAAACAUGCCUACACACGGGUUUGUCUCAGCUUCAGGCAAAGGAGAAAACAAGGAAGAUCUCCACCAGCUAAUUAUUCUUGGGCUAUAUGCUUGACAGUAGUAUAAUGUUCUUCGAGACCAUCUGGGAUGGGCAUGUUGAGCCCCAGCUACAGCUCUAGGGAUUGAAAUCACGGUCUGCCAACUGAUACACAGUAAGACAGAAAGCUCCCGCCAGGCCACCCAAAAUCCAAGGCCCAUUGCCAGUGUUUCAUUUGCCUAGAAAACGUGGGGCAGAUGUUUAUCCAGGUUGUGGAUCAGCCAGGCUGCUUUGUCUUAUCUUUGGCCACGCGACCAUUCCACUGCUUCUUAACACCUCCACCAGGGGGAGGGCUGGGACAAGGAGAAAAAGUGAGCAUUAGAGAAUUGCAUAGUGUCUCGGGGUCCAAAGUUAAGCUUCAGUGCCACCUAGAAGCACCCAGAGUCUGAAUCUCCUCUAUAAUGUUUAUCUUCUCCCGAAACAGGGAACUGGCAGUCUGGUAGUGAAGACAAACAAGCAAAGAAGUAACUAUGAACUAGCAUGACGACUUAUACAACUAGUAUGUGGAAAUGGGAACAUGAGGAAAAGUAACUAACUUGAACUGAGAAAGUAGCAGAGGAAAUUUCACAUGCAAAGUCACAAUCAUGAAAGAGCACAGUGUGUUUGGGUAACUGGGAGCAGUUCGUGUAACUGGAGUGUAAGGGGCUCAGAGGAAUGGCCGGGAGUGGCAGGGGAUUGGGCUAGAGAGGUAUAGAGGUACCGAAAGAGGACUUUGAGUUUAAUCCAGGAGAUGAAAAGGAGUCAUUAAAGUAUUUUAAGCAGGGAAGCUCUGUGAUCAUAUUUGCACUUUAGAAAGAGCACUUUGGCAGCUACAGUGUGAAGGGUGGGUUGGAGAGGGCAAGACUGGGCAAUGAGGGAGAAGGAGGAGUCAAGAAUGGCUCCAAAGUUUUGAACUUGGCUAGAACCAGCGUGAUGGUGAUAUUGUUGAUCGAGGCUGGGAAUCCAAGAGAGAAGCAAGAUUGGAGAGCAAGAUGUGAUCAAUUUCAAGCUUGUGAUUCCUACUGGUCAGACACCGAUGUCGAGACGUCAACACAAGUGGGGUUGGGGAGAAGGAACUCUGAGAACAAAAGCAACAUUUGCUUAAGUGAACCUUCUUAAGAAAUUCUAAGCUAUUUAAUCUGGGGAACUCGAGCCAGUUAUGUAAACACACCACACCAGUCUAGUCUCUCGGAGAGUGUUUUUCUCUUUUGCUCGGGGCCCAAAGCACUGCGGCUGCUCUUUGGAAUCUCCUUCCGGCUUUCCAACUCUUGUCAACAGAGUAGAGGGAAGGCGACCUCUGCUAACAAGUGAUAGAAGAUAUUCGACAGCAGAUCUGUGGAAAAUACAAAAAAACCCCAAUGAAACUGUCUCCUCCCAACCCCUGUCCUUACCAAAUUCCGUUUCCAAAGCUAAUCAAGAACGAAAUACCUGAAGACGGUAACUUUAAAACCAUUUCAAGAUUACCUCAAAUAAUCAAACUCUCAAAAUUCAGUAGUAAAAGAUAAUAGAACAUUAGAUCUGGAAAGGAUACUAGAGUGUUUAGAGAAAACAACCUGCAUUGCAUCUGACUCCAGGUCCAGUGCUCUUUCUACUCUGAGCUGCUGCUUACCAGGAAGAACCAUCUUUUUAAAAAUCAAUGGAUGAUACCCCAAACAUUUUGAAACAUAUGUCAAAUUUGAGUUAGAAUAGUUAACAUUUCACAGGAAUUCAACUACUGGUGCUAUAUUUUAUACAUAAUACAUUAUCCUGUUAAAUACGUUGACUAUUACACAGACAAGGAAUUAUGACUCUUUUGUCAUACAGUAUUUCUCAUUCAGUGGAAUCUAUUGUAUCCACAGUUUCCAAGCAGUAUUGAAUAGUACUAGGAUGGUUUGGGUUGUCAGAUGGGACAUGAAAAAACAGCUUUAUCACACCGAACUGGAAAUUAUAUACUCACUAAAAUGGAAUUCUAGCAGUUCAAUAAACUUCUGGUGGAUUAAUCUAAAUCUUCCCCCAUACUGUUUCAUACCGGGAUUUGAUUUGUAUACCAUCUGUUGCAAUGCACUUGGUUUUACUUGAUUGUCAAUGAGAAUUACUACUUCCAAAUGCCUUCGUGGUCUUGUCCAUGCUAGAUUUAUGAUUUCUCACCCCUCUGAAAUCACUAUCCUAAAGUUAACUUUUCUUAGGCAUCUAUCUGCUGGGACUCUUCAUGUAGAAAACAUUAUUAUUGUAUUGAAUUGUUGACAACAAUAAAUUGAAAUAAAAAAAGGAG